UUUUGAUACACUGCUUCAGACAGUAGGACCGAAUAUAACAAAACAAGAUACGACAUGGAGGAAGUGUAUACCACCUGAGGAGCGCUUAUCAGUGACUUUGAGAUACCUUGCGACUGGAAAUAGCUUUCGCUCAUUACACUACGAAUAUCUACUGGGGGCCACUACAAUCAGAGAAAUUGUGAAGGAUACAUGCGAGCAGUUGUGGCAAUGUCUAAAGCCUAUUCAUAUGGCAGAAAAAACUGAAGAUGAUUGGAAGAUUAUUGCCAAACAGUUUUUAGACAGAACUGACUUUCCAAAUUGCAUUGGUGCUGUGGAUGGGAAACAUGUGAGACUGAAGAAGCCUGCUGACAGUGACUCAGAGUUUUAUAAUUACAAAAAUUAUUUUUCGACAAUACUUUUGGCCGUAGUGGACGCUGACUAUUGUUUCACUGUGAUAGACGUGGGCUCGUACGGAGCCAAUGGGGAUUCUAAUGUGUUCAAGAAAUCCAACUUCUAUCAAAAACUGAAAUCUAAUCAGUUAAACAUUCGAAAUCCUCAAAAAUUACCACAAGACGAGGAAGGAGAGCCUCAACCUUUUAAUUUUGUAGGAGAUGAAGCAUUUGCACUGUCUAGACAUAUUCUGCGGCCGUACUCGAGGAAAAACCUGACAAUGAAACAGCGUGUUUUUAAUUAUAGACAUUGUCGUGCUCGUAGAAUGGUGGAAUGUACUUUGGGGAUUUUGGCUAACAAAUGGAGAAUAUUUCAUCGACCUAUGGAUGUGGAUGUUGGUUUUUCAGACAUAAUCAUAAAAGCAUGUUGUAUUCUGCAUAAUUUCGUAAGACGAAAUGACGGUGUACGAACUGAGGACGAGUCGUACGAAUGCCUUCUGAAAGCCUGUGAGCCUGUAGGAAUAAGAGCUGAUUCGUGUGGUAUGCAGAUACGGGAUUAUUUUGCAAACUACUUUGUGACUCCACAAGGAUCAGUAUCUUGGCAAUAUGAAAAAAUUUAAAUUGUUGUA